CUAAGACCCAGGGUUUCUCCUUGAGAUUAUCAUACAGAGUGAUAGGUCAGAAAGCUCAGGGUCCGUUACCCUGUGCGAUACUAAUACCCCCACAAUUAAUUUCAUUUUCAUGAUUGCAUCAUCUUAAAUUAAGGUGAAAUCAAGGGUUCUUUUUUUUUUUUUCCCCUCCAGCUGAGUUUGACUGGCACAACUUCUGACAUGGGUGUAUGGAGACUGGUACCACGGCCAAGUCAAAUCCUUUUCUUUGUUCUCUGGGCCUGCUGCUGCUGAUAAAGUGGUCGGCGCAUGGCAUUAUGUCUUAUUACAUUUUUGAUGCAGACUGCAAAGAAACGGGUAAACUCACCAUGGUUACCACGAUCUGUCAUUUGGCAGGGCAUGCCGUACUCAGCGAUGGCCUCUAGUGUCUGCAGCACAGCUCUGCACAUGGCGUGGGUACCGCAGACAAUACAGCACCCCUGCCUGCCCGGGCGCCGCGCCUCCCCGCAUCUGCACUCCGAAUUCACACCCGGAGCCGUGCUCCAACUCCGGCGGCAGCUGGGAGUGUUCACUCUCCUUCCACAAGUAUGGCAACAUCUGCGCAAUAUAGACAGCUUAUAAAUGACUACGGACCCCCAUCUCUAGGCUAUACACAAGGGAUGCAGGGUACCAGCAGCAGUCAAGUACCGCAGAGCAAAUACGCAGAACUUCUAGCGAUCAUAGAAGAAUUAGGAAAAGAGAUUAGACCCACAUACGCUGGGAGUAAAAGUGCGAUGGAGAGGCUAAAAAGAGGCAUUAUUCAUGCUAGAGGAUUAGUUCGGGAAUGCUUGGCUGAGACGGAACGAAAUGCAAGAUCCUAGCCCACUAAUUCAGUUGCAAGAUUUUCCAUCUCUUAAUGAAGAAAAAGUAACACUUAUUCCUUUUGACUCUUGAAACAUUCAGACAAAUUCCUUUAUUUUGAAUGUUUUACCGUUCUUGUUUUGCCCUUACAAAAAAUGUAUAGUUAAGAAUGAGAAAACAAGGAUUUUUCAACUUACUGAGGGUUUGCAUUUUGUAAAGACGUUAAAACUCCCUAAAAUGUUUCUAAAACAUGAAAACUGAACUGCAUGCAGAAGAAUGCUCUUUCUCUCCCAGGCUAUAUUUCAGUUCUCUUCUUAUCCAGCCACAGUCUCAUUCUGUUUUUUUUCUCUUGACUAUAUUCACUUAACCCCAAACCGUCAAUCUUUCAAAGUUUGACAUAAGCUCUGAGGAUUUUUUUUAAUAAAUGCAGAAUAGCAUGCUGUACCUAGUAGUCUGCUAAGUCACAAUUUGUCAUACAGCAUAGGCCCUGCUUAGAAAUAACCCUCCCCUUCUCUUAUUUUUCCUUUUUUGUUCGUUUUGCAUAAACAUUUGCAUGACUGUUAGUGCUUUGAAGUCCAUUUAAAGUGCAUGAGUUAUAUGGAAAAUAGGGAAACCUAUUAAAUAAUAACAAGGUCCUGGAAAGCUAAUUUCUACAUUAAGGCUGGAGAUUUCAGUUUAAAGUUUGCCAAAAAAAGAAAAUUCUGGAUAAAUUACUAAAACUGUUAUUUGCAUCUUUGUAUGUAUUUAUUACUUGACGUAAUAAAGCUUAUUUUCAUUAACA